AUAGAGCCGAGAAAUGAAUCAGCACUUCAGGAGUAAAUCUCUCUCUCUCUCUCUCUCUCUCUCUCUGGAGCGGAAAUGCAGAACCCUCCUCGCCCAUUCUCUCUCUAGAUCUUCGUCGGCGUCUCUCCAUCGGAGGGCUCGACGGUUUGGGGACUGCUGGCGAUUGCAAUAAACCGAUCGUUUGACCUGAUUACGGCGUCAUUUUAGCAUCUGGCCUUCACAGAUCUGGGGCUCAGAUCCGACGGCCGCCAUGGCAGCCGCCAACGCCCCGAUCGCCAUGAAGGAGGUCCUUACGCUGUCAAGCUUAGGGGUCAACCCACAAUUUGUCACAUUUACCAAUGUGACAAUGGAAUCAGAUAAGUUUAUUUGUGUUCGGGAGACAGCCCCACAAAGUAGUGUUGUGAUCAUUGAUAUGAACCAGCCAAUGCAGCCUUUGAGGCGGCCUAUUACUGCAGAUUCUGCUAUAAUGUGUCCCACUUCCAGAAUUUUGGCUUUGAAAGCCCAAGUUCAGGGAACAAAUCAAGACCACUUGCAAAUAUUCAAUAUCGAAGCAAAACAAAAAAUGAAAUCUCAUAUGAUGCCUGAGCAGGUUGUAUUCUGGAAGUGGAUUACAUCAAAGAUGAUGGGCUUGGUUACUCAAACUGCAGUUUAUCACUGGGCAAUUGAUGGUGACUCUGAGCCUGUAAAGUUGUUUGAUAGAACAACAAAUUUGGCAAACAACCAAAUUAUCAAUUAUCGAUGUGAUCCUGCUGAGAAAUGGCUUGUUUUGAUUGGGAUUGCUCCUGGUUCUCCCGAGAGGCCACAGCUUGUUAAGGGGAAUAUGCAAUUGUUUUCUGUGGAUCAGCAACGCAGUCAAGCUCUUGAAGCUCAUGCUGCGUCAUUUGCCUCAUUCAGAGUCGCAUCAAAUGACAAGGAUUCUAUUCUCAUAUCAUUUGCAACAAAAACCUCAAAUGCCGGUCAAAUUACAUCGAAAUUGCAUGUCAUCGAGUUAGGAGCACAGCCAGGGAAACCAUCCUUUACCAAGAAGCAAGCAGAUCUUUUCUUUCCUCCAGAUUUUGCUGAUGAUUUUCCAGUUGCAAUGCAGAUAUCCCAGAAAUAUGGCUUAAUUUAUGUGAUUACAAAGCUUGGGCUUUUAUUUGUCUAUGAUCUGGAAACAGCUACUGCAGUGUACAGAAACAGGAUAAGCCCAGACCCCAUUUUUUUGACAGCCGAGGCAACCUCUAUAGGGGGUUUCUAUGCUAUCAACAGGAGAGGCCAGGUGUUGCUUGCCACAGUAAAUGAAGCCACGCUUGUGCCUUUUGUUAGUGGGCAAUUGAAUAAUCUUGAGCUUGCUGUUAAUCUUGCCAAACGAGGAAAUCUUCCUGGUGCUGAGAAUUUGGUCGUCCAACGUUUCCAAGAAUUAUUUGCCCAAACAAAGUAUAAAGAGGCUGCUGAGCUUGCUGCUGAGUCUCCGCAAGGCAUUCUUCGUACACCUGAUACUGUUGCCAAAUUUCAGAGUGUACCUGCUCAGGCAGGGCAGACACCUCCUUUGCUUCAGUACUUUGGAACACUUUUAACAAGAGGGAAGCUUAAUGCCUUUGAGUCGUUGGAACUUUCACGUCUUGUUGUGAACCAAAACAAAAAGAAUCUUUUGGAGAACUGGUUUGCUGAGGAUAAACUGGAGUGUAGUGAGGAACUUGGGGAUCUUGUAAAGACUGUGGAUAACGACUUGGCAUUGAAAAUAUAUGUUAAAGCGAGAGCAACCCCAAAGGUUGUUGCAGCAUUUGCUGAGCGCAGAGAGUUUGACAAAAUUUUAGUAUACUCCAAGCAGGUUGGGUAUACACCUGACUAUCUUUUCCUUCUGCAAACAAUUCUUCGAUCCGAUCCACAGGGAGCUGUUAAUUUUUCCCUAAUGAUGUCUCAAAUGGAGGGAGGUUGUCCUGUUGAUUACAACACCAUUACUGAUCUAUUUCUUCAGAGGAAUAUGAUCCGUGAGGCUACUGCUUUUUUAUUGGAUGUUCUGAAACCCAACCUUCCCGAGCAUGGUUUUUUACAGACCAAGGUAUUGGAGAUCAACCUUGUUACUUUCCCAAAUGUGGCGGAUGCGAUUUUGGCAAAUGGGAUGUUCAGUCAUUAUGACCGUCCUCGAAUCGCUCAACUUUGUGAAAAAGCUGGUCUUUAUAUUCAGGCCUUGAAGCACUAUACAGAGCUGCCCGAUAUAAAGCGUGUUAUUGUAAAUACUCAUGCCAUUGAGCCUCAGGCUCUGGUUGAAUUCUUUGGAACUCUUUCACGCGAGUGGGCUUUGGAAUGCAUGAAGGACCUUCUGCUAAUCAAUCUGAAAGGAAAUCUUCAAAUAAUUGUUCAGGUUGCAAAAGAGUACUGUGAGCAGAUGGGCCUUGAUGCUUGCAUAAAGCUUUUUGAGCAGUUCAAAUCAUACGAUGGGCUGUACUUCUUCUUAGGGUCAUAUCUGAGCUCAAGUGAGGAUCCUGAAAUCCACUUUAAAUACAUAGAGGCAGCUGCGAAAACUGGGCAAAUAAAGGAGGUUGAGCGCGUAACUCGGGAAUCCAACUUUUACGACCCAGAGAAAACCAAAAACUUUUUGAUGGAAGCAAAACUUCCUGAUGCCCGGCCCUUGAUUAAUGUAUGCGACCGCUUUGGAUUUGUUCCAGAUCUGACUCACUACCUAUACACAAACAAUAUGCUCAGAUAUAUUGAAGGAUAUGUACAAAAGGUCAAUCCAGGAAAUGCUCCAUUGGUUGUUGGGCAACUUCUAGAUGAUGAGUGCCCUGAAGAUUUCAUUAAAGGCUUGAUACUGUCGGUUCGUUCUCUGCUCCCAGUUGAGCCACUUGUUGAUGAAUGUGAGAAAAGGAAUCGGCUACGGUUGCUCACUCAAUUCCUGGAGCACCUUGUGAGUGAAGGAAGCCAAGAUGUUCAUGUUCACAAUGCUCUCGGAAAAAUAAUAAUUGAUAGCAACAACAAUCCAGAGCACUUCCUCACAACCAACCCAUUUUAUGACUCACGUGUUGUGGGCAAGUAUUGUGAGAAGCGUGAUCCUACGCUUGCCGUUGUUGCAUACAGGAGAGGACAGUGUGAUGCUGAGCUUAUCAACGUAACGAGCAAGAAUUCACUGUUCAAACUUCAGGCCAGGUAUGUAGUGGAAAGGAUGGAUGCUGAUCUUUGGAACCAAGUUCUCAACCCAGAAAAUGAAUUCAGGAGACAACUUAUUGAUCAAGUUGUAUCUACUGCUUUGCCUGAAAGCAAGAGCCCAGAGCAAGUGUCUGCAGCUGUUAAAGCUUUCAUGACUGCUGAUCUUCCCCAUGAAUUAAUUGAGCUUCUUGAGAAGAUUGUGCUCCAAAACUCUGCAUUUAGUGGAAACCUCAACCUACAAAAUCUGCUCAUCUUGACAGCCAUAAAAGCUGAUCCAUCUAGAGUUAUGGACUACGUCAACAGGCUUGAUAACUUUGAUGGACCUGCGGUUGGUGAAGUUGCUGCUGAGGCCCAAUUGUAUGAAGAAGCCUUUGCUAUUUUCAAGAAAUUUAACCUGAAUGUUCAGGCGGUUAAUGUUCUAUUAGAUUACAUUCAAGAUAUUAACCGGGGAGUUGAGUUUGCAUUUCGUGUUGAGGAAGACUCUGUGUGGAGUCAGGUAGCUAAAGCCCAACUUCGAGAAGGAUUAGUUAGUGAUGCAAUUGAGUCAUUCAUCCGUGCAGAUGAUGCCACACACUUUUUGGAAGUUAUUCAUGCUGCUGAGGAUUCAGAUGUUUACCAUGACUUGGUUAAGUAUCUACUGAUGGUUAGGCAGAAAACGAAGGAGCCUAAGGUAGACAGUGAAAUUAUUUUUGCGUAUGCCAAGAUAGAACGGUUGGGUGAUAUUGAAGAAUUUAUUCUAAUGCCAAAUGUAGCCAACCUGCCUAAUGUUGGUGACCGCUUGUUUGAUGGAGGUUUAUAUGAGGCUGCAAAGAUCAUAUUUGCAUUCAUUUCUAAUUGGGGAAAAUUGGCUAGCACACUAGUGAAGUUGAACCAAUUUCAAGGUGCCGUCGAUGCUGCUCGCAAGGCAAAUAGUGCAAAGACAUGGAAAGAAGUCUGCUUUGCUUGUGUUGAUGCCGAGGAGUUUCGGUUGGCGCAGAUUUGUGGGCUGAAUAUCAUAGUGCAGGUAGAUGACCUAGAAGAAGUAAGUGAAUUUUAUCAACACAGAGGAUGCUUCAAUGAACUAAUCUCUCUCAUGGAGAGUGGUCUGGGAUUGGAGCGUGCACAUAUGGGCAUCUUCACAGAGCUCGGUGUGCUAUAUGCCAGAUACCGUCACGAGAAGCUCAUGGAGCAUAUUAAGUUAUUCUCCACACGGCUCAACAUUCCUAAACUCAUACGAGCCUGCGACGAGCAACAACACUGGAUGGAGCUUACUUAUCUGUAUAUCCAAUAUGAUGAGUUUGACAAUGCAGCCACUACUGUCAUGAACCACUCCCCAGAUGCUUGGGACCACAUGCAGUUCAAAGACAUUGCUGUCAAAGUUGCCAAUGUGGAGUUGUAUUACAAGGCUGUGCAUUUCUAUUUGCAAGAGCAUCCCGACCUCAUUAAUGAUCUCCUGAAUGUUCUUGCAUUGAAGGUGGAUCACACACGUGUGGUGGACAUCAUGAGAAAAGCAGGUCAUUUGCGUUUAGUGAAACCAUACAUGGUUGCUGUACAAAGCAAUAACGUUUCUGCUGUUAAUGAGGCCCUCAAUGAGAUAUAUGUUGAAGAGGAAGACUAUGACAGACUUCGAGAGUCUAUUGAAUUGCAUGACAACUUUGAUCAGAUUGGCCUUGCGCAGAAGAUUGAGAAACACGAGCUCCUUGAGAUGAGGCGAGUUGCUGCUUACAUCUAUAAGAAGGCUGGCCGGUGGAAGCAAUCCAUUGCUCUGUCUAAAAAAGACAAUCUAUACAAAGAUGCCAUGGAGACAGCUUCACAAUCUGGGGACUGCGAACUUGCUGAAGAGUUGCUGGUCUAUUUUAUCGAGCAGGGGAAAAGAGAAUGCUUCGCAUCGUGCCUCUUUGUUUGUUAUGAUCUCAUAAGACCAGAUGUUGCCCUUGAGCUUGCAUGGAUGAAUAACAUGAUUGACUUUGCAUUCCCGUACCUGUUACAAUUCAUCCGAGAAUACACUGGUAAAGUUGAUGAGCUGAUCAAAGAGAAAAUUGAAGCUCAAUCUGAGGCGAAGGCUAAAGAGAAUGAAGAGAAGGAUGUUAUUAUGCAACAGAAUAUGUAUGCACAGCUGCUCCCGCUAGCGUUGCCUGCCCCACCAAUUCCGGGCAUGGCUGGUGGUCCCGGCGUCGGAGGUUAUGGCCCACCCCCUCCCAUGGGAAUGCCACCCAUGCCUCCAUUCGGCAUGCCGCCUAUGGGUUCCUAUUAACCCUUUCCUGCACUUAUACACUUGUGUUAUAGAAGACGGCGAAAUGAGUUGGAAGUAGUCUUUUUUCUUUAUAUUAAAAAAAAUCAGUACUAUUUUUUGCUUUUAUAGUGAUGUUCAUUGUUCAUAGUUCUUCUGUAAUAUUGUUUUUUUUAGAUUCGUUUUUUUGCAGUCAGGUAGUCUGUUGGAAGACAAAUUGUAAUUUUCAGAAGCAUGCAAACUACAUAUUUGCUUCGCUGCAAUGCCUUUUGUACUGAUUUUUAAUCAUUUUUAUAAAUAAUGUGUAUUGUUUUAU